UAUAACUUGGUAUAGAAGUGUCAUUUUUACUCUGCAAAGAGGUCAGUUUUCAGUUUAGAGUAAAGAUUAUCUUUGAGACAUCAAAACGAACUCAACACAUUUUUAUAAGUGUUCCUUUUUCUGUUGACGAACUGGGUGCAUUCAAUUUUUGGGUUCACUGUAUAAAGUGUAUCCUGUAAUCUGCAGAUUUCUUCAUCAUGAUGAAACUGAUCCUGUCUCUCACUCUCAUCUGGACUCUCUCCAGCACAGCUGAAGCUCUUCAGUGUUUGCAGGGUUUAGGAGAUGAAGAUCAGGAGUUACUUCCAUGUGCUUCUACUCAGCUGUGUGCAACUGUUGCCACACAAGAGAACGAGAGUGGGAAUUUGAUUGAGUCCAUCAGCAGGUCGUGUUUGCCAUCCGAUCUUUUCAGUGAAGGAAACCACAUAUUUUCAUUCAAUGUUGGUUUUGUGACUAUGGCUGCAUCCGUUCAUGUGUGUAACACAGAUGGCUGCAACAGUGAAGACAUACCGUUCCCUGAUGUUCAGGAGAAAAACAACCUGCAGUGUUUCACCUGUGAUGGUCGAUAUUCUGCUGAGUGUAAGAAGACAGUACAGUGUGUGGGAGACGAGGACCGCUGCAUUAAUUGGUUUUAUUACGAAGGUGACGAAAAUUACACUUAUACAUUGCUUGGAUGUGCCUCUUCAAACCUCUGUGAAGAUUCUUCUUACUUGGGGCUCCUACAUUUUUUUUCUUUUGAAUUCUUUCAGCCAGAAUGUUGUGAAAGCAGCUUCUGUAGCUCAGCCUGGUCUGUCAAACUGAAUGUGAUCACGUUGCUGUUUGGACUCAUUACCCUUAUCUUCUAUUAGAACAAAGAGAAAAAGCUGUGUAGUGUGUGUAUAAGCCAAAUACAUUAUUUUCUCAUUCAUUUACACAGUGAGAAGUCGUCAACAGUUUGAAUGUUUUAGCUUGGUAAAUAAUUAUUUUAACCAUAACUGCAGCAUCCCAGUAAAAUAGAGUAAGCUCAUGAUAAUCUGUCUGAUUCAUAGACAGUAACAAAAUCUGUUUACAAAAUGAUAACUUCCUAAAUUACCAAAAACUUUUGUGUUGUUUCUUUAUAAGUAAGCAACAAGUAGCUACUCAUCAAUCUAAUUAAUGACUACUUCUGUAAUGAGUAACUUCUUGAAAACUCCUAAUUAAUGACUAUAUUGGGUCAAUACUUGAUCCAAUCUUGUUCUCUGUGCACAUGUUGUUGUUUGGUGACAACAUGUUGGGGAAGUUGCUGAAAAUUAGUAAUUAGUUACAGUUACUAGGUCCUUCUCUGAAAAGUAAUCAAGUUACUUUAACAAUUACUGCCUAUAAAAAGGUAAUUAAUUACCUGAGAAGGUAACUUUUGCAUGACUGUGAACACAAAUGUGUAACUCAUCCCAAAAUCUCUUUAUAAUGUUAUAACUCAAGGGAUAAGGCUUAUGUUUUACCACGAGUUGGCUACCAUGACGUGGACUUUACAACGCAGCUCUGAGACACUGUAAGGUCAGAUGAUGUCUGUCUCAGCACUGAGGUUAACUCUGACUUUACCAUUGCAGCUGAUGUGGAUGUUAGAGUACAGUAGUCUGGUUCCUCCUCUAGUUUGGACUCAUACCACUCUGCCAAACUCACUGUGCUCUUUAGCAGUCAGCUCCCCCUGCUGUCAAUAAUGUGCCUCUGCACCCCAGCUGUUUCAAACCCUCCCUGCAGCCUUUGGGGCACGCCUCCUCAUGUAUGUACAGCUUGAAAAGCAAUAUAGAAAAUGGAAAAUAUCAAAUUUAAAAUGCUAUUUAAGCUUUUAAUUUAAGUAUUUCCAUUUAAACUUUUUCCAUUUUGAUUUUCAUAUUUGUUGUUUCUCUUUUGUUAUUUUCAUAGUCAUUUCAAUUGUCAUAAUUACAAUUUAGGUUUUCAGUUUAAGCAUUUCCAUUAACACUUUUGCAUUUUAAAUUGGACUUUAGUUCACUGUCACUUUAUAUUUUCAAACUAUAAUUUUACCUUUUAUAUGUGAUUUUUCAAUUUCCUUUUUCUUUUCAAAUGCUGACAUGGCCUAAGUAUUCCCGUUUUAUUACUAUAAUUCUAAUUUGUAUUACUAUAAUUAUAAAAUAAUAAAAAUAAUAAAAAUAA